AUGGAGGUGCUAGUGGAGACGGCAGUCAUCGCUCUGGCGGUGUUGCUGCUGCGCGAGUCGAUGCGGCGCCAGUUGCUCCUUCCACACCUGGUGCCGCGACACACCCUGUUCUCUUCCCGCUCCACCGUGUUGGUCCUCUCCGGCGCGGUUGCGCUGCUCUUGGACGGGAGGCAUCACUGCGCGUGCUUCACCCCGGCUGGGCGAUCAACCGGGUGGUCAACCCAACGGCCAACUGACAGGACAGCCGCUCCCGCCUGGAGGCUGUUCGUGUCCAAACCGGCUCAGAAAAAAGCCAACCAGCUCAAAACCAAGAUAGUGGUGAAUAAGAAGAAGAAGGAAGAGAAAAUGAAGAAAAAAUUAAGUAAAGGGGCUGAAUUUAAAAGCUCAGCAAAGUAUAAAGUGAUAGAAGACAUACUAGAAGGAUAUCCAUACACAUCGCUGCCUGUCCCUGAACAGACGAUACAGAAGGAACCAUUCAUGUUGCUGAGGGGAAGAGUGAAAGGAGAGUUCCUAAAAGGAAUGGAAUUACCCUUUGGUCUUAUUGAUCCAGUAAAGUAUGAACUGCUAAAAUUGAUUGGCAGACUAGGAGACCCGUUUCGCAACCUAUGCUCUCACGCACUAACCCCUAGACUUCUAAUCGACUCUCUUUUUAAGAAUCAGCCUGAACUGACUUUCGACGAAUUUUGCUACCGAGUGGAGUAUCGAAGAAGAUUUCUCAUGCCAUCGUACACGGAUGUCUUCAUGUAUGAGAAAGAACUCCUCUGGCAGCAGUGGAUAGCGGUACGCAAUUUGAAAGAGGUAUCCCCUGAAACGCCUGAAUCGGAUCAUGAGCGCGUUCAGAAGAUUCUAGAGCCAGAUGAGACAACUAUGCCAAUCGUUAUGGUGAGGGUAAACAGAGAAAUAAGUAAUCAGGGGGUCCAUCCAGCGAUACUCAAAAUGUUUUUCGACUUCCUCAAUGUAGAAAAACGUCCCGAUAAACUCAGCCGUGAUUAUGCUUUCCUAAAAUUAGAAUCCAUAAUGAGGAAACUUAAAAAUAGAGAGUUCCUUGAGGGGAUCAGACCAGAUUACAUCUACUUCAUGUUUAAUGAACGCGCUAAAGAUGCCUUUGCAUCAUACGACAAGAGCGAAUUUGAGAGGAGCUAUCAUGAGGCACUUAAUCACAAUAAUAUGAAACAGAACCUCCUCUCACAAAACGCCACUUACAAAAAAGAGAGGAGACUCUUCUCGGAGAAGACCAAAAAGUGUCUCAUGAAAUUCUAUGACAUAGAGCUUCCUUCUUUCUUCAAAGAUUACGUGAAGAAGAAGGAGGAGAACUACAAGCUCAUUCAUGCUAAGAUUAACCGAAUGAUCACUGGCAAGUAUCUCAAGCGGAAACGUCGUAGGGAGGACAUCCUCGCUGGCCGGCUAACCACGCCGGAGUCACCACUAGGGGAUACAACCACCCCUGCCGAUGAUACCCAGUCGCGCAAGAAGAAGAAAAAGAAGAAGAAGAAGUGA